GGGAUUGGGUACAGUGUUUGACUGACUCUGGUUCUAAACGUUCUGGACAAGAUAAGCACCAUGUGGUCCAAAUUUGUAGUGAUGUUAGCAGUGUCUUGUGUGGCGAAUGCUUCCGUCAUCAUUAAUGUGUUUGAUGAAGUUGCAGAAAUACCAGAAAUCAAGUCAGUUCAACUAGAGGAGUGUAACACGCCAGCAUGUGACCAACGAUGUCGGCACCUUGGAUUUACCGGCGGUAUAUGCGUUCGUGACCGCUGCAAAUGUGACAUCAAUAGAAGAGAAGAUCCUGAAAUACCAGCAAUGAAGUCUGUUCACGUAGGAGACUGCAACCCCCAGUGGUGCGACCAACAAUGCCGAAACAUGGGCUUUACUGGCGGCGUGUGUGUGCAGGACCGCUGCAAAUGUGACAUCAAUAGAAGAGAAGUUCCUGAAAUCGAACAGUCUCUAUCUGAGCUGGCGAAAUCGGUGUAUAUACUCGACUGCAAUCCCCAAGGGUGCGACCAACAGUGUCGAAACAUGGGCUUCACCGGCGGCGUGUGUGUUCAUGACCGCUGUAAAUGUGACAUCAAUAGAAAAGCCGAUGGAACAGCAGAAGUUCCUGAAAUCGAACGGGCUUCGAAGCUGGCAAAAUCUGUGGACCUUCUUGACUGCAACCUCCAGUGGUGCGACCAACAAUGUCGAAACAUGGGCUUCACCGGCGGCGUGUGUGUUCAUGACCGCUGCAAAUGUGAUAUCAAUAGAAAAGUUCCUGAAACCAUAUACUCGUUUGUUGAUCUGGCUAAGUCUCUGUACCCUCGUAACUGCGACUCCACGACUUGCGACGAACAGUGUUAUAAAUAUGGAUUCCCUAAAGGCGGCUUCUGCAUCGAUGGAAACUGUGAAUCUUCACCACCUGUAUCCGAAGAGGCAAGAAUCGUAAAAGAGGAAAAACAGAAAGAAGGUAAACCCUUCCUUACUUUGCCUCGCGCCUGUGACAUCUUUGCCUGCAACGAUAUGUGUCAACGCUUAAACUAUGUCGGCGGUACGUGUGAUAUAGAUGGCCAAUGCCAAUGUUUUUAACCAAUUAGAGGCUAAUAAAUUAUAACAAUUAAUUGAAAAAUUACUCAAAAUACAUUUAUGUUUGAAUAUUGACAUAUGCAGUAAGCUUGUAACAAAUUUUAUUUAGUUGAUCUUCUCGUAAAAUAUCAAUAAAAUCUACUCAAAU